AAAAAUACUUUACUAACAAAAACAAAACUUUGACUUUACACAACACAAGAAAUCGUGUUUCUGACUUCCAACAACAUUAAUGAAUUAUUUAAUUCAUCUUUUUUUCAUUAGAAAGAUUCAAACAUUGACAAAAUACAAAAAGUUUUCGUAUGAGUACGUACGACUCCACGGUCUCUUCAAUGCAUUACUUCAUUAAAUACAUCAUCAGCAUAAACUCCAACCCCUUUUCCUUUCUUUCUUUCUUCUUCUCUGUAUUGCCAUGAAAAAUGCCGAAUAUAUGGAAAGCAUUUUCACUAUCAUCAAGCUCAUCCCACUCUUCUUCUUCUUCUUCUUCAACUAGUACUACUUCUCCUACAGGUUCUCCAAAUACACGUAGGUUUUACGGCGGGCGAAGGAGACUGAUUAGGCAGCGUAAAUUGCGGCACGUUAGUGAUGAUGAGCUUGGUUUGCGGGGCCUCAAUAUUCAGUCCUUAAUUAUUGAUGAACGUUCGAAAUCCUUACCGGUUUCUCCUGAGUUUUAUGUGGAUUUCGGGUCGGGUUCUCGGUCGCCCCACCACCUCCGUCACUGUUCCAAGUCCUCCCCUGUGCCACUGCCGUUGCCGCUUCCUGAGCUCAAUUCUCUUCCCAAACAGAACUCAGCGGUUGACUCUAAUUUGCCGGUUAGAGUUGACAGGGAUCCUUUAAGCCCUCCUCUUGCAAGGGAUACUUCUGAUCGGACUCCAGCGGAGGUGACAAGUUCUCAGCAUCCAAGAUCAUCUACUCCAACUUACCGACGUAGGAGGUUCCCUCAGGAUCUGAAUGCUGAGGGUGUUGAAUUCAGGCUGAAUGUUCCUGCUAGAAGUGCUCCAGGUAGUGGUUUUACGAGCCCCGUCCCAAGCCCAAAAAGGUUUAGCACACAGGACCUUUUCCAACCUCCAUUUCAUCAGCCGUCAUCACCUUCAGAGGCUUACUCUUUCCAACUUUCACCCACAAGGGUUAUAAACAGUGCUGAUCAUUCUCCACUAAGUAGCCCAACAUUACCAAAUCCAGUUAAUAGAACCAGGAAUCACAGAAGUAGUGCUGUGCAUUCUCAUCAUAAAUCUCUUCCGGAAAGUUCUCUGGCUUGGACUGAAGGUAAUAACAUCGAUGUCCACCCGCUACCCCUUCCACCAGGAGUUCAAAGACAUCCAGAAUUAUGUACCAUCCAAAGCAAUAUGGAUAAACCGUGUAUAUCACCAACAAAGGGUCAAUGGCUAAAGGGGAAGCUUUUAGGUCGUGGUACAUAUGGAAGUGUAUAUGAAGCUACCAACCGUGAAACCGGUGCUUUAUGUGCAAUAAAAGAAGUUGAUCUUACUCCUGAUGAUCCUAAAUCUGCUGAAUGUAUAAAGCAGUUAGAACAGGAAAUAAGAGUUCUCCGGCAGUUAAAGCACCCAAAUAUUGUUCAAUAUUAUGGUAGUGAAAUAAUGGAGGACCGCUUUUGCAUAUAUUUGGAAUAUGUGCACCCCGGAUCAAUUAAUAAGUAUGUUCGGGAACAUUGCGGAGCUAUGACAGAAUCAAUAGUUCGAAACUUUACUAGGCAUAUUGUAUCAGGGUUGGCUUACUUGCAUAGCACCAAGACAAUACACAGGGACAUUAAGGGAGCAAAUUUGCUUGUAGAUGCAUCUGGCAUUGUCAAGCUUGCAGACUUUGGAUUAGCAAAACAUCUUUCCAGCUGUGCAACUGAUCUUUCUCUGAAAGGGAGCCCUCAUUGGAUNUGUGCUUAUGUCUGGCCAUCACUUCAUAUGCAGGUAAUGCAGGCUGUGUUGCGGAAAGAUGCCAAUCCAGAGCUUGCCUUUGCUGUCGAUAUAUGGAGCCUUGGUUGCACUGUUAUUGAGAUGUUUAAUGGACAGCCCCCGUGGGGUGAAUUUAAUGGGGUGCAAGCUAUGUUCAGUGUUUUGCACAAAUCACCACCUAUACCAGAAAAAUUAUCUUCAGAAGGGAAGGAUUUCCUCUGGUGCUGCUUUCAGAGGAAACCUGCAGAUAGGCCAUCAGCUAUGAUGCUACUCGAGCAUGCUUUUUUACGUAAUACUGUUGCUGGUUGUUCAGAGGAUUUUUCAGGGAUGAAAUUACAUGAUGCUCUGCAGAGUCCUAAGGACCCAACUAACCAUAAAAAGGAACUAAAGCCACUUUUACCAGGAACUUCCGCCAGGCAUGGAAAAUCACCAUAUAGCAGUGAAAAUUGCCAGCAAACUCAUCCUGAAACCUGUGAGUACGGAGCAGCUUCUCACCACUCUCCCCGUUCUACACUUGAAGUCCUUCCCUGUAUUUCUUCACUGGAGCUGAACUCAAGUUCGCGUGCAGCCAGUCCCCCAAGCAUUCCUAGUAGCUUACCCCUGGGACCUGAAAACAGAAGUCCUUGUAGGAACAUAAGAAAGGGAACACCAAACAUCUGUAUAAGAUCAUAAAUAAAUAAAUUAGAGGGUAAAAACUGUGUACAGAUCAGGAAACCUAGAUACAAAACUUCAGUCGGAUGAUUAGUCAGAAUGUUGCCAUAUGUGGGAAAGAUAUGCAACGCAAUUCCAUAUGCAUCCGCGUCUUUGUGUAUCAUUGAUGUUGUUUAUGAAGCUAUCAAAGGCUUUAAUAGUUUUGGAGCA